CCACGCAGCUCUGUCUUGCUGAACCUGGGAGUGAGGGGAAGAGAGCAGCAGAAAUGGGCCGCUACUCGGGCCGGAGCAUGAGGCUCAUCGCCAUGUGUGUGCUGAGCCUUGUCAUUUUUGCUAUUGAGAUCUCCGUAGCCUACGUGGGCAAUUCUCUUUCCUUAGCCUCAGAUGCCUUUGCUGUUCUCUCUCAUUUGAUCUCCAUGAUCAUCGGUUUGUUCGGUGUCAGGUUCAGCCGCAUCAAGUGGCACAAGGCCAGCACUUUCGGCUUCAGCCGAGCAGACGUGCUGGGAGCUUUUGGCAACUCUGUUUUUGCCACUGCUCUGAUGUUUAGCAUCUUCGUCGAGGCUAUCAAGAGGUUUAUCAAUCCUCAGAAGACUGAGAAAGUACUGCUCGUCCUCAUUAUUGGGGUUUCAGGUCUGUUCUUCAAUGUGUUAAACUACGUUAUCUUCAUGGACUGCUGUUAUUGUCGUGCACCCCGCGGAGACACUGAAACAGGUAAAUAGCCUCAUGUGGUUGCUCAGCCUUCCCAGCCCUCUACACUUCUGCUUUAUGACUCUUAUAAAGACUGUUUACUGCUUCUCUGAGAUGGGCAUGUAAACCGUAGUUUUCUUCAUUCUUUUGUUAGUGAGGGUAGUGGAUUUUGUGCCUGAACCCAUGCAUGUUUCCAGUUACCACCAUAUGUGUUUAUCAGUAAGUAAUGUGCAAGCAGGGUAUGUAUUGUCUUUCUAAAGUGUACAGUGAUCUGCAGGAGAAAUUUUCUCUCUAAUCCACUGGCUGGCUAAACAAGGGACAAAGUGUACUGCCACCCUGAGGAGAUACUUGUUAUGAAAUACCUAAUCCUGAAAUAUCAGUCAUCCACAGU